AUGGGGCAGCUGGCCCUGGCGGACGUGACUCGCCUGCUGCUGGACGGCGAUGCGGGUGAGGGGAAGGCGGGUGACAUGAGGGGAGGGAACAGCGAUGGAGGAGCAGCUGAGGGCGACGAAGGGAGAAAGGAAGGCGGGCAGUGGCAUGAAGGCGAGGUACGAGGAGGAGGCGGAAGGUGCAAGGAAGGCGAAGAGGGACAGCAGGGCGAGCAGGCGCCAUGGGCGGGUGGGAGCACAGCUUGGCAGGCAGCAGCCACAGCACCCAGUCACAGCAACGAUCGUGCUGUUCUUGGUGCUGCCAGUGCCGAUGCCAGCGCUGAUUCAUAUAGUCCCUCUACCGCCCCCGCUGCCCCUGCUGCUGCCGCCACUGCCCCUACUGCCGCGGAUCCAGACUCUGCUGCCGCUGCCUCGAGUGCCACUGCUCUCCCCAUCGCUGCUCAUGCUGCCCACGGGAGCAACCAAGCCACUGUGGCCGGCACGGAGCGCGCUGCUGCAGGGGUGGAGGGCAUGGCAGCAGCAGGUGGAGCGGACGACUGGCUGCACGUGCUGCACGACGACGCCCACUGGGACCUGCUCCCUCCCUUCUCCCUGCCGCCCCUCGCCCUCCCUCCUCUGCAUCUGCCCGCCUGCCCUACCAUGCAUGCCCCUCCAACGCACCCUACCGUUCACAACCGCCUGGGGGCGGGGCAGCGGGGGAGUGCAGGCGAGGGCGCCGUGGGAGCGGCGGACCUGUCUCAGAUCGGCUCGUGCGGCGACCUGGUGGCCGCCGCUGGGGGCGCCCCCGCGCUGCCCGCCAGCCCUGGCCUCGGCACCGCGUGCUGCAGCCCCGACGGCGCUGCGUGCGGGUCGGGCGUGUGGCACGCCCUGGGGGCGCGCCUGGGCUCUGGGCUGCCCAGCGACGCCAGUGGCAGUGCUGGCGCCGGAGGCAUGGGCCGUGGCACGCGGGCGAGGAGUGCUGCUGCUGGCGGCAGUGGCAGUGGCAGUGGGAGAGGCGGGGGCGAUGCGGAGGGAGUGGCGCGUGGCAGCGUGGCAGCAGAGGCGAUGAGCUGCCGGGAGAGGGCAGCAGCAGCAUCAGUGGAGCCAGUUGGAGGUGGAGACGAGACGGGGGAGGGCGUGGAGGGUGGGGAGCAGGGGGUGGGGGGUUGGGCGGUGGGCAAGAGCGAGGUGGAGGGGCCGUUCGCUGCGGCCCUUGUGACGUGCGUCCACUGCUCCUCGCUGCUUCAGGUGGACAUGCCGGCCGCCAUCCCCGCUGCGGCCAUCUGCACGCUCUCCUGCGGCCACUGCUCCGCGCUCCUCGCGCUGCCCUCCAACGCCCUGCCCGCCAUCGCUCGCACGCGCUGCGCUCGCCCGCUCACACCGCCUCAUGGCGCCGGGGUGCACGUGGCAUCUGCCGCUGCUAGUGGGGGGGCGACUGGGGCCCACAGAGGAGCGCUCAGCAAUGACGCGCCGCCAGGGGCGCUCGCCCCGCUGCCUGCUGGGCGCACUGUGCACGCGUGCGGUGAGGCGCUGGCAGCGCGUGUGGAGUCCGUGGAGUGGUGCGACGGCAGCCCCACAGCGGGUGACAGCGCUGGGCUGGCACGCACACCGCGCCGUGUGCUGCCUGCUGUGCCCUGUGGGGCGAUAGCAUCGGUGGGGAGUGGCAAGCGCGGCCAGCUGGCUGUUGCUGGGGAGAUGGCGCUGCAGGAGGGCAUGCGCCAUGAGCCACUCUUCCCACGCAUGCACCUGCCCGCUGCGCUGCGCUGUGCCCCCGGGCCAUCGCACCCCUCCCUGCCGCUCACGGCGGCCCACCUCACCGUCGCUGCUGACUCGCAAGAGGCGGCACCGGCCAGCGAUGGAGGGGUGGGUGGGGCGGGGAGUGCGGCGGAGAGCAAGAGGGCGCAGCGGGCGCUGAGGAAGCGCAAGCGAGCCGCCACUCUCACUGGUACGCCCACCCGCUACUCUCACUGGUACGCCCACCCGCUACUCUCACUGGUACGCCCACCCGCCACUCUCACUGGUACGCCCACCCACUACUCUCACUGGUACGCCCACCCGCUACUCUCACUGGUACGCCCACCCGCUACUCUCACUGGUAUGCCCACCCGCUACUCUCACUGGUACGCCCACCCGCUACUCUCACUGGUACGCCCACCCGCCACUCUCACUGGUACGCCCACCCGCCACUCUCACUGGUACGCCCACCCGCUACUCUCACUGGUACGCCCACCCGCCACUCUCACUGGUACGCCCACCCGCCACUCUCACUGGUACGCCCACCCGCCACUCUCACUGGUACGCCCACCCGCCACUCUCACUGGUACGCCCACCCGCCACUCUCACUGGUACGCCCACCCGCUACUCUCACUGGUACGCCCACCCGCUACUCUCACUGGUACGCCCACCCGCUACUCUCACUGGUACGCCCACCCGCCACUCUCACUGGUACGCCCACCCGCCACUCUCACUGGUACGCCCACCCGCUACUCUCACUGGUACGCCCACCCGCCACUCUCACUGGUGCGCCCACCCGCCACUCUCACUGGUACGCCCACCCGCUACUCUCACUGGUACGCCCACCCGCCACUCUCACUGGUACGCCCACCCGCCACUCUCACUGGUACGCCCACCCGCCACUCUCACUGGUACGCCCACCCGCCACUCUCACUGGUAAGCCCACCCGCCACUCUCACUGGUACGCCCACCCGCUACUCUCACUGGUAUGCCCACCCGCCACUCUCACUGGUACGCCCACCCGCUACUCUCACUGGUACGCCCACCCGCUACUCUCACUGGUACGCCCACCCGCCACUCUCACUGGUACGCCCACCCGCCACUCUCACUGGUACGCCCACCCGCUACUCUCACUGGUACGCCCACCCGCUACUCUCACUGGUACGCCCACCUGCUACUCUCACUGGUACGCCCACCCGCUACUCUCACUGGUACGCCCACCCGCCACUCUCACUGGUACGCCCACCCGCCACUCUCACUGGUACGCCCACCCGCUACUCUCACUGGUACGCCCACCCGCUACUCUCACUGGUACGCCCACCCGCUACUCUCACUGGUACGCCCACCCGCUACUCUCACUGGUACGCCCACCCGCUACUCUCACUGGUACGCCCACCCGCUACUCUCACUGGGUGUAAAGCAGUGGCGAGGGAGGGGUCAGAGGAUGUGGGUGAUGGCAGCGGGGAGGAGGAGAGGCGCAGGGGGGGAGAGGCGAGGGGUGGCAGGGCAAGCAGCAAGGCGGCAGGGAGGGAGGGAGGAGCCGCUGUCAAGAGGCAUCGCAAGGCGUCCACCUACAACCUCUUCAUCCGGGAUGAGAUGAUGCGCCUGCGGGCGGUCAACCCGGACAUGGACCACCGCGAGGCCUUCAAGGAGGCCGCCAGGCGGUGGGGCAGUGCAGCGGAGAACGUGCGCGGCUCACAUGCGCUCGCAGCAGCAGCCAGGGCCAGGGCGCUGCUGCUCUACCCCAUGCACGCCCCCCCCAUGCACGCCCCCCCCAUGCACGCCGCCCCCAUGCACGCGCCCCCCAUGCACGCCGCCCCCAUGCACGCGCCCCCCAUGCACGCCGCCCCCAUGCACGCGCCCCCCAUGCACGCCCACGCCACACCCUGCAUGCCAUCCGCUGCUGCUGCCACUGCGGCUCCUCUGCCUGGCACACGGGUGGAAGCAGCGGUGGAGGGUGGGGGGAUGGCGGGGCAGCAGCGUGUGCGGGAGGGGGGGCAGGGAGGCUGUGAGGGGGGCGAGGCGCAUGGUGGCAGUGUGGGCUUGGUGGCAGGGGUGCGUGGUGCAGUCAGGGAAGGGCGGUGGGUGGUGUGGGGUGAGCAAGGGGCGGGCGGGGCAGGGGCAGGUGAGGUGGCAGCAGCGGCAGAGAGGGUGGUGGCGGGGUGGUGGGGCGCUGGCUGUGGCAUGGACAGGGGGGCACGCAGUGAUGGGUGGGGGGAGGGCGGCCAUGUUCAUGGACUGGGGUGUGUGCCCCUGGAGAUGGGGAGGGGGAGGCAUGGAAGCGGUUUGAGCAAUAUGGUGGGCGAGAGACAUAUGCAGGCAGGCGGGUGGCACAUGGAGCAGAGGGAGGAGCAGGCAGGCGGUGUGGCGCACGGGCUGGCAGGCGAGGCAGCAGCAGCCUGUCCCCUGGAGCAGCAUGUGUGGGAGGUGGAGCGCAGUGAGCAGCAGCAGGCGCCACCGGUGCUGCACAGCGAUGCGUACCGCCGGCUAGCUGCAGGCAUCAGCAGCAAGCUCAUGUCAUCCUGA